UAACAACACUCUCAUUGACACUAAACUACACUAUAAAUAGUGUUAAUAAUAAUAAUAUUCAUAAAACAAUUGAUUACAUGAGUUGUGCCAAACAUUUGUCAUAAUUUGAUUGAUAAUUAUUAUUACUGUUUAGUAUUGAUUAGUAAUUAACAAAAAGUGAUCGACAAAUCCAGAUAAUCAUGACGUCCACCGCCACGACAGCUGCUGCCGCCGCCGGCACACAACAGAUGGUCUGCAAUUCAAUUACACUGAAGGGAUCCGUUGAUAUCGUUACCGAGUUCUUCGAGUAUGGCAUCAAUUCAAUACUAUAUCAGCGCGGCUUAUAUCCAUCUGAUCGGUUCAAUCAGUGUCAGAAAUACGGCCUAACAUUGUUGAUGACUAUUGACGAUAAACUGAAAACCUAUUUGCAGACAGUGUUGUCUCAGUUGAAGACGUUUAUGUUGGCUAAAAAUGUCCACAAAGUAGUUCUGGUGAUAGUAAAUGUCGAAAAUCAAGAAACAGUAGAGCGAUGGGAGUUCCUUAUCGAAUGCGAUCAGACUAUCGGCGACGGAGAGACCAAAGUGGUCGACGAAAAAGAGGUUCAAAACGGUAUACGCAAUGUGAUCCGUCAGAUAGUGGCCAGCGUUACGUUUUUGCCACUACUGGAGGGAAAGUUUAUCUUUGAUAUACUUUUGUAUACCGACAAAAAUACGGAUCUACCGUCGGCUCUCUGGUUGGACUCGAAUCCGCAUUUGAUACCGAAUGCCGAAGAGGUUGAGCUCAAGAAUUUUUCGACAAAUAUCCAUAAAGUCAAGGCUAUGGUGUCGUACAAGAACUGCGAGUGAAUUACAUUUUUUUCCUAAUUCUAAUCAUUUCUUCUUUAAGUUUUACUAAUUGUAUUAUAAUUUGUUUGUUUAAUAAUUUGAUUUUUAAACGUUUAUAUUAUAAAUCAUUAAUGAUCAACAAGAAAACUAAUCACAAUUUUUUUAUAAAUCAAUAUUUUUUAUGAUUUUUUUCUAUCA